GUGUUUGAGCGUUGCGUGCGUUUCGUUACGAGCUGCGAGCGGAGAUUUCGAUAUUUCGAUUUCCGAUUUCCGAGCUUUUUGAGCUGCGAGUUUGUUUUGCUUCUUCGGAUCGGUUCGAAUCGCUUCUCGCCUCUAGCCUAGCCGACUUCCGUAUAAGUUCACAGGUUUUGCCGUCGGGCUAGCAUCGAAAAUUUCCAUCACAUCGCGAGAUUCCUGUCGCCCACCGCUUCGGGUUUUUUGUCAGCUAAACGGAACGGAAACCGCCAACGGAAGUUGCGAUACGGGGCAUAGUUUUUAAUUAACCCGUUCCCGGGCUGCCGUGCGCAAAAAUUAGUCAAGUCCAAGAAUAUUUUCCGGACGUCAAAUGCAAAUGAAAUAGUGGCAAGCUGUUUAAAUUUAUGAAUGCAGGCCGAGAAUUAUGUUUCGUCUGAUAAGACGAUGCAAUGAUUUAUGUGUGUGAGAGUGUCUCGAUCUGCCGCCUAACAAUCGAGGGCCAUAAAUAAUGGUCAUAAUGGGCUGAGGCUUGGGAAAAACUAAUGAAAAUCUUAUUGUGUGGCCAAAAAGCUAAUCUAACACGAGUAUAAAAGAAUCACAUACUAUAAACGUCAAUCUCCAUUGUACAUAUUUAUGUGGAUUUAUUAAGCUGUUUAAAUUGGAUAAACUUUCCGACCGCUCUGACCAAAAUUUGAAACCGUGAGACUAUCCGGUAAUAUGUCAGAGUCAGUGCCGUAAACUGGACCAACACAACAGUAGCGACAUCCCCACAGCCACCAGGUCAAUAAAAUCUAACUUAUUUCCUAGAACUUGAACCAGUUAUUGGUUUUAAAGGCGCUACUCUGGCGCUUCAGGCUCACCAAAUGAUCGGCACCGAGGACCUUUCCGCAUCGACUGGUAUGGACAUCAGCGAGUCCUUUCGUGCCGAGGAUCUUUCGAAGGCGGACUUUUUCGACUUUGUCACCGGACCCGACAUGGGAAUCGGUAUUGGCGUUGGUGUUGGUGUGGGCGUCGAAGCCCUAGGUGUAAGCCUACAUCAGCAACAGCACCAUCAUCAUCCCAACCACCAGCCGCAUAGUCACAACAACAACAGCCACAUUCAGGUGGUACACCAGCCAGUUUCGUCACAAUCCCAGCAACAACAAGGCCUUUGCAGCGGGACUGGAUCACGGAUCCACGACGCAGGUGGCGGUGGUACAGCGGGCGGCGGAAGUAGUGUCGUAGUGCCAGUGGUCAGUCGCAAUGGUAGCAGCAAUGGCGGUGAUCCUACGUUACAAGGAUACGAGUUCUGGAACCAGGACAAGGACAACAGCCGCCUCGACUCCAGCUCUUUCUUCGAGGAUCUAGACCGCUACUGCUGGCAACAGCAAACUGUGACAGCAUCCGCCGCCAGUAAUGGAGGAACAGCCAGCAACAACCAGCCCAGCCCCACCUCGCCACAAUCUCACCAGCAGCAGCACCAACAGCAGCAACAUCAGCAGCAGCAACCGCAGCACCAGCAGCUGCAACAGCAGCAGCAAGGAAACGCUGGCAGCUCCUCGGGGGCAUCCAGUGGAGCGGGAAGCAACAGCGACACGAUCAGCAGCCUGGACACCACCGACGGCCAGAUCUACACCCUGACAGUAUUAAACGGCGGAGAGCCUUGGCUGAAGCGCUCCGAGGCGGAGCAGCUUCCCAGUGCUCUGGAUCUGGACAGUUUGCUGGGCAGUUUUCCGGGGUACAUUAAGUCCGAAUAUCCCUAUGACGACAGCGGCUUCAGCACAGAUGGCAAGGAUGUAAUUGUGAACGGAGGAGGCGGAGGAGGAUCAGGAACAGGCAGUAUUCCCCAGGCUCAGAACCAAACGCAAACCCUACCCUCGUUGGUCACUGCCAUUUCGCUAUCCGGUGGCAACGAUUUGGGUCAGCAGUUGGCCCAGUUCCAGAACAACAAUAACGACUGGCACAUGGCGGACCACAACGCCGAAACGGAACAGAGCACGGCGGAAUCCCUUCUGAGGAGUGCGCUCCAAGGCAAGGGUUAUGGGAAGGGAUUGCACAUGCAGAACGGCCUGGUCAUGCCGGUGGUGAAGGAUGAGGACAUGCGGCGAUUACUGUUUGCAGAUGAGACGGCGGAAGCCCUGGGAUUCGCGGACUCCACACUUAGCGCUGCCCAAAUAUUCGACGAAGCCCAGGGCCUGCACAUCAACUCCCAGCACCAGCAGCAGCCACAGCAGCACAACGGCAACGCCAACAUAAUUGUGGAUGACAUGUUCGUGUCGCUGGACGCCUUUAGCGAUGAUUUCGAGAAAAUGAAGCGCAUAGCCAACGAAGUUCAGCAGUUCUGCAGUGGAGGGUCCACGGGAGCACCCACUCCAGUCGGGGACUAUGGUCCUCCGGCCGGAGGAGAUGUGCUUAUGCAAAUAUCCCCCAGUCCUAUUCAGAACUCUGCCUCGGUCCAGUUGCAGCCACCACAACCGCUGAAACCGGAGGUCAGCACGUCCACCUCCCCCAGCUCUGUUGGAAAUGCCUCCAGGUCGUCUGGUGGACCAUCCAAGCCCAAGAAGCAGUACAAACGCAGCAGCAGCAGCAACAACAACAAUCCCAAUGUUGCCAACAACAACAGCAGCAACGGCAGCAAUCCUCUGGGUGUGCUCAGCGGCAGUGGGAGUGGGAGCUCCUCCUCCAGUGGCAGUGCCAGCAGCAGCAGCAACAGUCCGCCCGCCAACUCCGGUGGCAGCUCGUCGUCCUCGUCAGGAGGUGGCCAGCGGAAGGAGCGCUCCUUGCACUACUGCUCCAUAUGCUCGAAGGGAUUCAAGGACAAGUACUCGGUGAACGUGCACAUACGCACCCACACGGGGGAGAAGCCCUUUGCCUGCUCCCUCUGCGGCAAGAGUUUCCGGCAGAAGGCCCACCUGGCCAAGCACUACCAAACGCAUAUGACCCAGAAAAACAACGGCAACCUGAUCAAAGGAAGCUCCGGCAAGCACCAGCGGUCCAGUGGCUCCUCCUCAGCAGCGGCAGCAGCAGCGGCGGCGGCGGCAGCGGCAGCUGUCUCCAUAAACCAGCGGCAAGUGGGAGUCGGAGGUGGCGUAGGGCCGCCCAGUCUGCCCGUGAUGAUCAGCAAUCCCAACACACCGCCCGGAGUGCUGCCCCCAGCCAAUGGGCUGUUAACCAAUCGGUAGUGGCCAACAGGGAGGGAACCUUCCCGGCCAAACCUAUUUCUUGUUCCUUAAUCACAAAAAGAAAGACACAAACUCAAAACACAAAUGAAAAUAAGAAACUAUACUAUAAACUAUAAAGACGCCUUAAAAAUACAAUACUCCCAACUCGAAUUUACGACAUUGAUGAAUUCCUAUUUCAGCUUUCUGUGCAAUUCCUACUAUGCCCAC